UAUACAAGAUAUUUAUUAAAUCUACUAUUUUUUAAAAAAAAAUUCUCAACUCUUAAAAUUUUAAAACCAUCAAAAUCCAAACAAAUUCUGCGUCCAAUAACCCUUUUAAAUUGUCAAUUUCCUUUGUGCCAAAACACAAUAAUAAUUUCCUUUCACUUGGGAUCUACUAUAUUGGAGUUAAAUUCAUGCAUUUCCUCAUUAUUUGAUGGGAAUACAUAUAGAUUAAUGAUACUCAGAUUUUUAUUGAAAGCAUCAAAUCCAGUUAUCAGUUUUAUAGUAAUAAAUUAAAAAAAUUAGACAGAAAACAUCAGUUAUUAAUUUUGACCUUAAGUAACUUUAGCAAGAAAUUAACACACACACACACACACACAAAAAAAAAACUUAAUUAUGUGUUUUGUGUGUGUGUUUUCUUUUCCUUAAUAACCAGAUCUCUAUUUUCUUAUUUCAUCAAUUUGUUUCCAUAUAAAAAGAGAAUAUAAUCUCGUCUAGGAAGACAAUCUUUUGGUACAUAUAUUAUUUUUUCUCUUCAUCUUCUGCCGAUUUCUUUGUCUUCUUAUUUUGUAUUUAAUUUCUCCAGAGAAUUCUAAGUUGAUAGUUUCUCUAGCAACAAUCUAAAGGUAUCGUUUCUCUGACUUUUUGAUUUAUCUUGUAUUUGCGUUUUGGUUAAGUUUGUGUUGGUUUGAAGUUGAAACUGCUAAUUAGGGUUUAAAGCGUGUAGAGUACGUAGUUCUCUGCGGUACUGUAGAAUUAGGUCUUUGUCCUCAAAACUUUGACCAGAACGCAAUAUUAUAUAUAGAGAAAUUAAAAUCAUUCAACGCUUGUCCUUCUUUGGGUGUAGAUUCUUUCAGUUAAAACCAUGUUUUGAUGUUGGAAUGAAGAAAGAAUGUUGAGUCAUCUUUUUGGUAGAUUUUUUUGUCUACAGAUUUGUUCUUUAAUAAUGAUGUCAAGUUCUACAAUAUGAUCAUGAUUAAUAGAUAGAUAAUUAGAUCUUGUUAUUGAUUAAUCACACUCUUCUGUCAUUAGAUUCUGUGAUGAUGGCUGUGGAGAAUAGCUCAGAGAUCAAAAACUGUGCAAUGGCUGAAGAGAAUAAUACUUCAGAGGUCAAAGAGAUUGAUACAAAUCCUCAGGAGAUGACUAUGUCUGAAGAAGGUUCUGUAAGAAGAAUAAUUGUAAAGGAUGUGGGAAACGUGGAAGAUGUAGCAUUGAAGGAUCAAGAUAAGUGUGUAUCAAAGACUAAAGAAGUGCCUAAGCCACCAAGUGUGAGCUCAAGACGGCAUUCAACUGGAGCGAUAGGUACACUAGCAGGAGGUAAACUGGAGGUUAAGUCCCGUUACCGCGGGAAUCAUCAUGUGCCCUCAACUCAUGAUCUCUGCAAACAUGAGGGGAAGCUAGGUGAUCAUCGUGAUGAUGCGGUGAAACCAUGGAAGGUGGUGAGGCGAAGAACAAGUGUUGAAGGCUCAGAGGUGGUUAAAGUUGAGACUACUUCUUCAGGUUUGAGAAGGACGUCGUUGGGAAGUCUGAGUAGACAGAUUCCUGCGGUUGCAAUGAGAGAUGCAUUGGCUGUGAAGAAAAAACCAUGUGCUUCUGUGAACUCAGAAACAUCUAGCGUUAAAGGAGGUAGCGAGAUGGCGAGAUCUGUUGAUGGUUUAAGCGUUAGAAGCAAUGAUAAACCUCGGAAGCAGAACGAGGGAACCGAGAGUACUGUGAGUGGUGGUGGUUCAUCUGUUGCUAAAAAGGUUCUUGGCUUGGGAAGUGAGAAGUCAAGUUCUAAGGUUUAUACUCCAAAGACUAAAGAGAAGGCAAAGAAUCAGACAAUAAGCGGUGAAGAUGUAAAAGAGAAGACUGUGUGUAUUGUUGAAGCUAGCGUGAAAGGUGUUCAGACAUCAUCUGAGAAGAAAAGCAUGAGAAGUAGACUCAAAAGCUUGGCUACUCCUACUAAACGUGGUUCUGCUAAAAAAGUUCCUGAACUUGAAGCAAAGAAGAUUAGGCCUACUAAGAAGAUAGGUGUAAAGGUCACUCCAGCGAAGCAGCUGAGUUUCAAGAAAGGGAAGACUCUUGAACCAAAACUACUUGAGGAACAAGAAACCCAAAGCGAAGGAAGGAAGAAGAAUCUGAAAGGUGUUGUUGGUGAGACUAAAAGCGUUUCUUGUGAAGGAAGUAAACGUGAGAAGGUUGUUCUGAGACGUAGAAAGGUAGAAGGGAAGAAGAAAAGGAUGACACUGUUCAACAGUGUGAUUGAGGAGACCAUGAAUAAGUUGAUAAAGGUGAGGAAGACCAAAGUGAAAGCUCUUACUGGUGCUUUUGAAUUUGUAAUCUCUCUUCAGGACACUAACAAGACACCUCACAGCAAGGACGUAACAUCAGAGUCUAAGGUUAGUCCUUUGGGUUCCAAACAGUGA